CGUGUUGUUCCCACUGUCCUGAACGUCACGUCACUUUAGCGUCACGUGGUGUUUGUUGACGGUAGGAGAGUGAGAAAGAUGGCGGCCCGCUGGAGCAGUGAGAAUGUUGUGGUGGAGUUUAGAGACGCCCAGGCCACCGCCAUGUCCGUGGACUGCCUGGGCUCCCACGCUGUGCUGUCCGGGCGUCGCUUCCUGUACCUGGUGAACCUGGAGUUGCCGUCUGAACCGUCGCGGAAAAUCGGGCGACAGAGUAAGUGGGACGUGGGGACGGUCCAGUGGAACCCGCACAGAUCCGACGCCCACGUCUUCGCCGCCUCUAGUAACCAGCGGGUGGAUCUGUACUCGUGGAGGGACGGCUGCGGCGAAACGCACACCUCCCUGCAGGGGCACACCCGGGUCAUCAGCGAUCUGGACUGGUCCUGGUUUGAACCCGAGUUCCUGGUCACCAGCUCCGUGGACACCUACAUCUACAUCUGGGACACCAGAGACACUCGGAAACCCACGCUGGCGCUGUCCGCGGUCGCUGGGGCGUCUCAGGUGAAGUGGAACAAGAAGAACCAGAAUCUGCUGGCGUCCAGUCACGACGGUGACGUUCGGAUCUGGGACAAAAGGAAGCCGAACACGGCGGCAGAAUACGUGGCCGCUCACCUGUCCAAGAUCCACGGCCUCGACUGGCAUCCGGACAGCGAGUUCAUCUUCGCCACGUCCAGCCAGGACAACUCAGUGAGGUUUUGGGAUUACCGGCAGCCCAGGAAGUACCUGAACAUCUUGUCGUGUCAGGUGCCGGUGUGGAAGGCCAGGUACACGCCGUUCUCCAAUGGUCUGGUCACGGUGAUGGUUCCUCAGCUGAGGAGGGAGAACAGCCUUUUACUGUGGAGUACGCUCGACCUCAACAGCCCCGUCCACGCCUUCGUGGGACACGACGACGUGGUGCUGGAGUUCCAGUGGCGGCCGCAGAAAGAAGGCUCCAAGGACUACCAGCUGGUCACCUGGUCCAGAGAUCAGACUCUGAGGAUAUGGAGGGUGGAUCCUCAGCUGCAGAAGCUGUGUGUCAGUGACGUGCAGGAGGACCUGAUGGACGCGAUGUCCCUCACCGCGGAGUCGGAGAAGCCUCUGUCGUCUCAGGAGUCGGAGGGCCAGCAGAGCGGGGGCCCCGCCUCGGAGAGCCUGCAGGAUCAGGACGGCUCUCUGACUGCUGGAGGUCUUCAGGACUCGGCGGCAGGUUCGGGUCUCGCUCAGACUCUGCAGCAGGAGUUCUCUCUGGUCAACCUGCAGAUUAGAAACGUCAACGUGGAGAUGGACGCGUUGAACCACAGCUGCGUGGUGUCGGCUCAUUUCGGGAGCCAUCAGGUUCACCUGGUUGUAAAGUUUCCGGCUCAGUAUCCAAACAACGCCGCGCCCACCUUCCAGUUUGUCUCCCCGACGACCAUCCCCUCUGCCAUGAAGACCAAGAUCCAGAAGAUCCUCAGAGACACGUCUCUGCAGAAGGUGAAGAGGAACCAGAACUGCCUGGAGCCGUGCGUCCGACAGCUCGUGUCCUGCUUGGAGUCUGAUAUGACACAGGAGGACAGUCCCGCCUCCGGCCCCUUCGUCCUGUCCAACCCCGUCACUCCGUCCCUGCAGGCGUUUCCUCGAGUCACCAACACCUACGGCUCCUACCAGGACGCCAACAUCCCGUUCCCUCGGACAUCCGGAGCUCGCUUUUGUGGCACCGGCUGUCUCGUUUACUUCACCCGACCGAUAACCAUGCACCGCUCUGCCCCGCCCACAGAGCCCACUCCCAGAUUCCUGUGUUCCUGUUUCUCUGCGGCCAAUCACCCGCUCCCCUUCCCCCAUGCCGCUGUGGGCCACUCCUCCUCCUUACUCUCCUCCAAUCCGAAGCUCCCACUCUCUGCCUCCCGCCGCUGGUCUGUCCAAACCCUCCACGAUUGGCCGAAAUCCCGCCGCUUUAAGACGAAGCGAGAGGGGACGGACUACGGCAACCGUCCAAUCAAACUUGCCGGAAAAGUCAUCAUCCAGGAGAUCUCCUGCCUGCUGCCCGUCCACAAAACUCUGGGAGAGAACUACAUCCUGAACAUGAACGACAUCCAGGAAACGUGUCAGAAGAACGCAGCAGCGGCGCUCGCUGUCGGACGCAGAGACGUGGCGAAGGUUUGGGCUCUGGCGUCUGCAGCAACCAAUCAGGACCUGAGCCCAGACUCUGACCCGGACAUGGAGACUCCUUGGGCCAGACACCCAUUUGGACGCCACCUGCUGGAGACUCUCCUGGAUCACUACAGUCAGAUAAGUGACGUUCAGACUCUGGCCAUGCUGUGCGGCGUGUUCAAAGCUCAGGCUCCGCCUCCAGACUCUUACGCACUAUUCGGGCACCAUACGUCACGGGCCUCCGUGUUCCCCCCGCACCACGCUCGUUAUCCCAGCUACACGUCCAGCUCCGUCACCUCGGGCUCCUGCUCCAGCACCUCUGACUCCAUCACCACGACCACCUGGAACCCAGGUCGAGACUCUGAGCACGCCAACCCGUGGGGCGAAUCCUCUCCCGACGACUACCGCUAUGUCAACCAGGGCUACACAGACCCGCGAGAACGCGAGCGAGAGCAGCACGUGAUGAACAAGAGGCUUCUGGACCCGGCCAACACACUGCAGUUUGACGACUUUAAGAAGUGCUACGGUGAAAUCUUGUACCGCUGGGGUCUGCGAGACAAGAGAGCCGAAGUGCUCAAGUUCGCCUCCUGCCCACCCGAACCUCACAAAGGCAUCGAGUUUGGCGUGUACUGCUGUCACUGCCGCAGUCAGGCUCGUGGGACGCAGUGCGCUGUCUGCAAGCGCCUCACCUUCCAGUGCGCCAUCUGUCACGUCGCCGUCCGCGGCUCCUCCAACUUCUGCCUGAGCUGCGGCCACGGAGGACACACCAGUCACAUGAUGGACUGGUUUCGGCGGCAGGACGAGUGUCCGGCCGGCUGCGGCUGCCACUGUCUGCUACAGAGCACCUUCUGACGCGGCGCGGACGCUCCGCGUGAUGGGGUCGCCAUGUUUAAAACCUCCUCUGUGAUCACAUGAUGGGAGAUCAGCAGCUGCUCUGCUGGAGGCGACAUCAGUCCGUCCGACACUUCGCUCCAGAGCGAGAUCUCAGCAUCGAAUCCAGUCCAGGAGAGAUGGCAAAGAUGAUUUAUUAGCACAAGUGAAAAAACACGGAUGUUUUUCUGUCUGUCAAAGCUGGAAAAGUUUGUACGUGGAAAAAAGCGCAAAGAAAACAGACUCAUCGAACGCAGAUUAUGAAACACACGACUCGACUAAAAUCGCAUUUUUGUGGCAAAUCAAGUCACUGAUGUGACCUCACCUUUGGUGCUUUGUAACACAGCGGAGUCGCCGCGCUCAGAAGCGAAUGAUGCGGCGAAGACUCGCAGCAGCUCUCUGCCUCACUGCAGACGCCGUCGCGGACUGUGACGGAUUUCUGUAGAAAAUUAAAGACUGAAUAGUUUCAAAUGUUAUAAAGUAUGUUUGUGCAUGAAAUCUGAAUCAGUUGUGCUUUUCUCCAGCGUCCAGUUUAAAACAGACGUCGCAAUACAAAGGUCACUGUUCACAUAA